AUGCCGUUACAGUAUAGUGCAGCUAAAACCUCUACCUCGAACCGAAGCCCGUCCAAAUCACCCAUCAAGAAAUUCCAACGGGACGCAAAGAAGAUCUUGCCGUCGCAGCGGGUCUAUAAACAGAACUUGCUCAAGAAGAACUCAAGCUCCUCUCCAUCACCGCCGUCUUCGCCAACUAAAGGCAACGCGGAGAAGCUUCAAGUUUCCGAUUACAACGUGCAGCUAGACUAUCAGCUCCCAGAUAAAGAUGACAUUGUUGUGGCUAUAGAUUCAAUAACCGGCAACCGGUGGUCAGAGUCCACCAGUUUGCACGACAAGUACAGGCUCGGCCAUUUGCAUGGUCUCCCACUAGAGGAAGCUAUAUCCAGUAUAAAGGGGCUUUCAAGUGUGUCCAAGGCGGAUUUGCUCAAGUUUAGGCAAGCGUUGCCCCUGGGUUUGGUGACCGUUUCGCAGAUGUACUCCAUCUUCAACUCACAGGGAAAUACAUUUGUGGACAAGUCCAUCGAGAUGAACAUCCAGCGAGGGUUGAUUCGAAAAUUCGUCAUUAGCAACGCCUCCCCCGUGAUUCUGAGGUCUUUCAGUAAUUUUCCGCUGAAAGUCAGUUAUGGAUUUGAAAACGUCGAUGUGAUAGCCAAGAGUGACGACUUUUAUGAUGCCUUGAAGGUGUCUAUCGCUGCAGUCGCUGACAAAAAGGACUGUGCCAGGAAAAGCCUCGAGAGGUUUUAUGAGUUUGUUCAAUCACAUCCACAAGAACUAUUUGUUUCCUCAAGCUCGUUUGACGAUGAAGGCAUUUCAAACUUGGUGCAACUUGGCUACAUCACCUUGACGUCAAACUAUUUCAAUGAGCAAGAAAGCCACUUUGCCAUUUCGUACCCUGGCUGCGGGACAUACCUCAGGUUGGUGAACGAGGGCAGACUUUGGCUAGUCAAGACAUUAAACAAAACUAAACACAAGGAAUUGCUAGAAGAGGACAUAUUUAAAAAGUAUCUGGGGGUAAACAUGGAGGGAGAUCCAAAGUUGAACAAUUUCCGCAAACCCUUUUACGGCUACGAUCUACAUUGGAUCUUGGCGGAUGCCUUAGGGUCGGGGAUCAUUGAAGUUUUCAACACGCCAGUUGGAAGAGGUUGGAGAUUAACGGGGAAAAUAUAG